CAAGCGCGCUUUUGCAUAUUUUGUCUAAACAGGUGGUAGGUUUGUAUAUGCCUCCUUACUUCGUCUCUUGAUCCUCAAGUUGGUUCUAAGCAUGUCUGCAAGCAAAGAUGUUCUUGCCCUUGCAUCUCUUGAAGUUGACCUCUCCAGCAUUGAGCCUGGGACAACAGUUACUGUCAAGUGGCGUGGGAAGCCGUUGUUCAUUAGGCGUCGGACUAAAGAGGACAUUAGCUUGGCUAACAGUGUUGAUGUUGCCUCCCUUCGUGACCCACAAGAAGAUUCUGCCAGGGUUAAGAAUCCAAAAUGGCUUGUCGUUAUCGGGGUUUGCACCCACUUGGGUUGCAUUCCUUUACCAAAUGCUGGGGAUUUUAAUGGAUGGUUUUGCCCCUGCCAUGGUUCACACUAUGACAUCUCUGGCAGGAUUCGCAAGGGACCAGCACCAUAUAAUCUAGAGGUGCCCACAUAUAGUUUCUUGGAUGAAAACAAGUUGCUUAUUGGGUGAGUGUUAGUAUGGGAGAUUUUUAUUUUUUGGAGCAGUAGUAGUUACUGCAAGAUAUCAUAAUAGAUAUUUUUCCCCACAUGAGGGAUGUUUGAUUUUGCAUAUUUAUUUUGUUUUCCUUUCGGUUAUUUUAUUGUGCUUUACACAUUUAGAUAUCUGUCUGUGGCGAAGUUCAGACAGGAAACUGAGAUUUUGAGUAAUAAAACGGGAAAUUGCUCGGGCAUUUUCAGUUUAA